AGAUGUCAGACAGUGUCAAACAAUAACCCCCUGGGAAGCAGCUUGCAAUAUGCGCAAGUGUAGCAGGAAUUUCGAGCAGGACAAAGUACUGCAGUGGAGCGGUGAUUAGCCGAAUAAUCUCCCAAAAAACACUUGAAUUUAUCAGUGAAACCUGCUAUUGGUCACCAGUGUUUGGCGAUUGAAUCGGCCCAUUCAACUGAUUGUAAAAUGAGCCCCAAAUCCGUGUUCUGUCCUCACUACGCGGUGAUUUUCUAGUGAACAGUUACAGCGAAGGCCUGGUGUUUGGAUUGAGGGCCUUGGCUCGCUUUGUGCAUAAUUUUGCUAGUUCUGUGAAGCUUGCCAUUCCACAUUUCACCCCCAUUGAGUGGUGUAAACCAUCAUCUUAAAGUUUUCAGGCAAUGGACACUUUAAGAAACAGAUUCACUGCGCAAAAAUCGAGCUCCCAAAGAUACUCCGAUGAUGAUGAGUCGAAGUUCCACAAGCCGAUGCCCUCCGGGCACUUUAUGGCCAUCUUGGGGCUGAUAUUGGUGACGUUUUCCCUGGUCAUCUACAUCGAGAAGCAACUGCCCAAAGGCGUGACCAUAGCGGAGGAGCAUCUGCAUCCUAACGGUUUCAUUGCGGAACGCGCCUAUAAUAUAUUGAAAAAUCUCACCCAAAUCGGCCCCCGCACUGCGGGUAGUUACGAAAACGAAGUGUUGGCUGUUCAAGUGAUCACCAAAGAGAUUGAGGGGAUUUUAGCGACUGCCCAUCCCAAUCAUGUAGUGGAAAUGGAUGUGCAAAAGGCGUCCGGGGCCUUUAACUUGGCUUUUCUCGAUGGCAUGACCAACGUCUACCAGGACGUGCAGAACAUUGUGGUGAAAGUUGGCUCCAAGAUCAACUCCCCACACAGUUUGCUGAUUAACUGCCACUUUGAUACCGUGUUGGACAGCCCAGGGGCUAGUGAUGACGGGGCUGGAUGUGCAGUGAUGCUGGAAAUCUUAAGAGCCCUAGUUCACUCUGACAAAAUUCUCCGGCACAACAUCAUCUUUUUGCUGAAUGGCGGCGAGGAGAACUUCCUGCCGGCCUCUCACGGGUUUAUCACCCAGCACAAAUGGGCCAAAGAGGUUCGAGCCUUUAUAAACUUGGAGGCCUGCGGCGCAGGCGGCAGGGAAGUGCUGUUUCAGGCCGGCCCCAACCAUCCCUGGAUUUUAGAGACCUACUCGGAGGAAGUGCCUUAUCCCUAUGCGUCUUCGCUCGCUCAGGAAAUAUUCCAAAGCGGCGUUAUACCUGGCGACACGGACUACAGGAUAUUUAGGGAUUUUGGAAACAUUUCGGGGCUGGAUUUUGCCUGGUCGUCUAACGGCUACGUUUACCACACGAAAUUCGAUUCAAUCGACAACGUGCCUUUGGGUUCAUUGCAAAGAACUGGCGACAACAUCCUGGCUCUGGCCAAGGGGAUGGCGCAAGGCCAUCAGCUUUCCAAUGUCGAACAAUACCGCCCUGGCAAUUUAGUGUUUUUCGACUUUUUGGGCGCUUUUGUAAUCCGCUGGACUAUGCCGGUAUCGGAUCUCAUCAACGCUCUGUCUGUGAUAGUGUCGCUUUAUUGCAUUUACUCCAAUGCUGAAGAAGCCCGCAAAUACACCGGUGUCAGCAAAAGAACGUACAUCAAGAAACUGGGCAAUAUCAUCGGGUUGAUCGUAUUGUCGCUGCUUCUUUGCAUGCUGUUCGCGCUGGGUACGGCCGCCUGCUUGAUGGGGCUCGGCCGUACCAUGAGCUGGUAUGCGCGGCCCUUCUGGGCCUUCUUCAUCUAUGUGAUACCCACGCUUGUGAUUUCCUUGGUUGCCAUUUUAAUGCAUGCGAACCACUUCACUAAGGAAAUAGCCAUGUUCCCCUGGACAGUUUUCCAGCUGUACUACGAUGCGUACCAGCUGCUGUGGACCAUUGUGCUUCUAGUGGGGAUUCCCUUGAGAAUUCGCUCUAGCUUCAUUGCCCUUACGUGGGUUGUUUUUGCCUCGAUCGGAAACCUGUUGAAAUCGCACUUGUUUGGACAGUGGCGCAGCAGAAACUGGAUCUUUCUGCACAUUUUCACCGUGGGACUGCCGUUUGUGCAGGAUUUCUACCUGAUGAUCGGCGCUUUGUAUUUGUUCAUUCCCAUAAUGGGUCGAGCGGGCGCCGGCAGCCACGCCGAAUACCUGAUGGCGGCAAUGAUGAGCUUGCUCUUCGGCAAACUUUUCUGCUUCGUUACUCCGCUCAUCCUCCUGGUUCGGAAAGUGGAUCGCAUCUUCAGCUUCUUAACGGCAAUUUUUCUGAUGUCGCUGGCCGUACUGCUGCUUACCCCCCUUGGGUUCCCCUAUUCGCACAGUUCCGGGCUUUUGGCACCUCAAAGGUUUAUGAUCGCGCACACUCAGCGGACCUUCCAUGGGCCGUCCUUGGCCACCACGAAUGUCUCCAGCGGAUACUGGCUGGUGGACAUGGACAUCAACAGUCCUCACACGGUGGACAGCCAUGUACCAGCCAUCCGUGACGCCCAAUUGGUCGACAAAGAAUGCAGGGAUUAUUUGUACUGCGGCCUGCCCUACCUGGUGCCGGUUCUCACUAUGAUAUGGAAGACUCAUUGGGUUCCAGGGCCUCAACCGGUGCUCCUCAAGCCCGUUAAUAUGACGAUAACCGCGCGAACUCCCAUUGAGGGUGGCGAGCGGUUCAGCUUUACGGUUAGCGGCCCGGCGCAUAUUGGGGUGCUGCUGUCGCCCAUGAAGGGCGUUGAGAUUAGCCGCUGGAGUAUCCCUACUCCCGAGCCACUGCCUGGGCCCUUGUGGAAUGGCAGAAAUACUUAUUUUAUUUACUACGCCCAUGGGUUGGAGCCCGUUCCUUUCCAGUUCUGGAUAGACUUCCAGAUUCCUCCUGAUCACCAUGAAGCUGUGAUGGACUUUGCCGUCACCUCCCACUAUCUAUUUGGUGAAGGGAAAGCAUCCGAAGACUUAAAACAGUUGGUUGAUCAGUUCCCCGACUGGACGGCCGUCAACUUUUGGACAGCCACCUACGAGUCUUGGAUCAUUCGGUAAAAGCUAUCGGGGGCGAAAAAUUCAAUGUGAUACUUAUCUGUUAUUGGUUGAAGACGGCGAGGCCCUAGAAUUGUACAUAAUAGUCUAGGUAUAUAUAACUAUUUAUUACUUUAACGCAUUCAAUUGUAUUUUGGCUGUUUAUCGCAAGACUGUUAAUGUUUACUUUCCAAAUAUUUGAUUUGAUUUUCUGUUGCUUAUUAAUUGUUUAGCAAAAGACGCAAAUCGAAUGGUCUUCCCAAAAUUAUAAUUGUGUUCUGUUCUGUAUUCUGAAAUGUUGCUUUCUCAUCUGUGAUAGACAAAUGUUUGAAGGAAAACGAAGUAUUUUUCGGUUCAAACGUCGUUGAAGUAAUGAAUGCCGUAGUGUUUGCUUAGUUGGAAAAUUGCCUGAAGACCAAAGCGUUCAACUUCAAGCUGAACUUUAAACAUGAAUUUAAUAAAUUUUAGCAAACUU